AUGAGAAUCCAAUUCCUUUCUGCUCUCGUUGCGGUCUCCGCCAUUGGUGCUGCUGCCGCCCCCGCAGCCGAGUACAACAACAAAGGUAGCCUGUCCACUAUCAACGGUGCCCGUAGCCUCGUGGCUCGUCGCUUCGCUCCCGAGGCGUUCAACCGUCGUUUGGCCGAUUUCAAGCGAGACGACGACGACGACGACGAUGACGAUGACGAUGAGGACGAGGAUGAAGACUCCGACAGCUCCUCCGGCGCUGUUCCCACUAGCUCGGCUUCCUACGGAUCACCCAUGAUCACUUCUGCCCCUCCUGUCAGCAGCGCCGCGGGUGGAAGUGGAAGCGUGACUACCACCCUUCCGGCUUCCUCUGGUACCUCUACUCUCAGCGCCGUCAAGACUAUUGCUGCCGGCGAGACCUUUGAUGGUAAAAUGGUCAUGUACGACCGUGGUGUUUCCUGCACUGGUCAGGAAGAAGGUGAUGACAGUGACGCCGUGUUCGAGAUUGAAGACGGUGGUUCGCUCUCCAACGUCAUCAUUGGUCCCAACCAAAUCGAGGGUGUCCACUGCUACGGUGCGUGUACUCUGACCAAUGUGUGGUGGAGCUCAGUCUGUGAGGACGCCUUCACCAUCAAGGAGCAGGAAGAUGGCAAGACCACUACCAUCACUGGUGGUGGUGCCUUCGACGCCGAAGACAAGGUCCUGCAGCACGACGGAGGCGGUACCCUUCAGGUUUCUGGCUUCUACGUUGAGAACUUUGGCAAGGUCUACCGUAGCUGCGGUAACUGCGAUGACAUGCCUACUCGCCACGUUGUCAUGGAGAACGUUUACGCUGUUGAGGGUAGUGAAAUUGUCGGUAUCAACGCCAACUACGAUGACACUGCCACUCUCCGUGGUAUCACCGUGUCCGGCGUCGACGACAUCUGUGUCACAUACGAGGGUAACUCGAACGGUGAUGAGCCUACCGAGUCUGGCUCUGGUCCUGACGGCACCAACUGCAAGUACUCGAACAGCGACAUCACUCAGCAGUCCUAA